CGCCUUCGUUUCCUUGCAUCCGCCGAGUGUGCAGCAGGCUGCACUCACUUGCAUUCAUUAACUUCACUCUUUAGUCGCCGUCGGGACGCCUGGUCUCAUCUAACAUGAUCUUCAAGUUCUCUCCACUCGUGGUCUUCGCGUUCCUUGUUCCGCUGGCCGCUGGCGCUCUCUACCCUACAAAGCCUGUUCAGAAUACACAAUACGUGGCCGGAAGCACCGUAACGACUACAUGGAAAGACGAUGGCAAGUAUCCUAACCUUGACGCCAUGGGCUCUGUGGAAAUAGGCCUCUUUCACAAGUCUGGGCGAUAUUUGGCUACUCUUGCCACAAACGUGGAUCCUUCCUCAAAAUCUCAUGAGAUAGUCAUACCGUUGGCGGCGAUUCAAGGGUUGCCGUCUGGCCAACGCGACUAUACCCUUCACUUCCAGGCCAGCAGCCCAUACAAGUUUAGCAUCUUUACUGGCGACUUUUCUAUCGUCCGCCCCGAAGGGGACCCUGGGUCUCCGAACUCGUCUGCAUCUCUGACCUUUUCGUCCCUUUGGUCUUUUCCGGGAUCUCCUCAGUCGACUGCCUCUGCUCUCACUGCACCACCGUUUACUCCUGGAUCUGUCCAGAACCCUUCAGCACAGCAAAGUCGAAACUCUGGCUCUUCUCUCUGGAACGUUGACGUGGAAAGGCUCGAUUUUUGGCUCUUGUUUGUGCUCUGGCCGGCGGUUGUUGGGAUAAGCAUGGCUGCUUGA